AAGAAAACCCCAAUGACAACAAACGGGCGAGACUGAAGGCGACUCGCGAGGCUCUGAGUCCGGAGAAAGCUUUCCUUUUUCGAUUUUCUUCGGCGUCGCAACUGCCGCUACCUACUCAUCGAGGGAGGAAUACUGUAUGAGGCCUUUCGAACCCGCUUUCAAGAGAAGAAGACGUUCCCGUGACGCGAGAGGGCCGUGGUAUUAUGGCCUCACAAGCUAAUAGUAGAGAUAGCAAUGCUCAGCGUAAAAUUCUAGAAGAUUUGCAGUUGAAGAAGCAGAUGAUAUUAAAACAAGGUGUGUCCCAAGCACUGAGUGCCCCAGCUACAUCUCAGCAACCCACUGGAUGGUCCUCAGGUACAGACGGACACAUUGCAGGUAACAGUCAACGAUCCAGUUUACUUCAGGCAACAUCAUCAAGCUUUGGGUAUUUUAUUCCUCAAGACUCCUCUUUUGGAAAUUUCAUCUUGCCUGUCCUACCACGGCUCGAACCAAAGUGAAAGAUUUAUUGUGUGUGUUAUGAGGAAGAAAUGACGCUCAUUUGGAAAGCAUUUUUGUAAUAAUAGACAUAUCCUUACUAUAGUGUAACAUAAUUUGCUUGUCAAAAUGAUGAAACUGAAGGAGCUAGAAUCUUGGCUCCAAGACAUUACUGGGUUUGAAAAUCCAAAGGUAAAACUUGAGCAGUAUGAAACACCAGCUCAUAUUGCUGCACGGAUGGUACACACGAUGGAAUCCUCAUUUGGAGAUUUGCAGGGGAAAGUUGUAGCUGAUCUGGGAUGUGGGUGUGGAAUGCUAGCAAUUGGAACAGUCAUGAUGGGUGCCACAGUCGCUUUUGGAUUUGACAUUGAUGGCGAAGCUCUUCAGAUCUGCCAAGAAAAUCUGGAGGAAUUAGAAGUCCCAGCCAUUGAGCUGAUACAAACAGAUGUCAAGUUAUUGGGAGGAGAUCAAUCAAAAUUCCACAAGUUUUUUGACACGGUUGUCCUGAACCCUCCCUUUGGUACCAAACACAAUCAUGGUUCAGACAUGGAAUUCCUCAAAGUGGCUUUAGAUAUCUCCAAAACAGCAGUGUACAGCCUGCAUAAGACUGCCACAAGAAGCCAUAUAGUAAAGAAAGCAGCUGACUGGGGUGUAAAGAUGAAGGUUUUGGCUCAACUACGAUAUGAUCUCCCAAGUACCUACAAGUUCCACAAGAAGAAGUCAAUUGAUAUUGAAGUUGAUUUUAUUAGGUUUUCCCAUAAGUAGAUCUGAUGUUGACCUUGGGUACGUAUGUUUGCAAAGUUAAAUGAAAUCAAGGACUGAGGUAAUUCUGGUUGUUAUUGUAUUGGUAAUUAUAUGCAUUUGAAUUUUGUUUUACUCUUUUGGAGUUUAAACCACCACCAAUUCUAGUUUUUGUAUGUAAUAUAUGAUAAAGAAAGAAGAUUAUAUUUUUAAAGGACAACUUAUUAGAUUUAAAAGAUUCUGCUAAGAAAGAUAUUUCAUGAAGUGGACUGUACUGACAUUACACAAACUUGAAUGAAAUUUUUGAACUAUAACUGGUUGAAAGAGGUAUAAGACCCUUGGUUCCAAUUUAAUGGACUGAAAAUGAACUACUUACGGAGAUUUAUAAAGAAACUAAGCUUCCUUAUUAUAAUUUGUAAAGAUAUGCAACAUUGUGUUUUUAACUUUUAUAUUUUAAAGUGUAGUAAAAUUUGUUAAAGUUUAAUAAGACAUUUUAUUCUUUACAAAAGCACAUACAAAGCAACAUAUAUUGUGAAACAAAUGAAAGAAACAAGACUAUAAUUAAUAAUAAGUGAUUGAUAGAUAUUACUCGUAAUAAUGCCAUACAACAGUUAUCAACCAACAGAGGAAUGCUUUUUUAAUAAAAACAAUGGAGACAGACAAUAUGUACCAUGUCCCAUCUUUUAGUAGCAAUACAUCAUCAGUAUAUGGUUCAGAACUAAAAAAAAAAAGUAUUAAAUCUUUGAAUGCGAAUAUCUCAAAAAUAUGAUUUCUCAUGCAUAUUAUUCUGGCCCAAACAGUCGUCUUUUCACUCAAGAAUGUAAUCUUUGCUAGCUUGCAUAGUUUAAACAUCAGAAAGUAAGGAGAAAGAAAGAGAGAAAAGGUAGACAAUUUGGAGAACCCAGCAAAGGUAACUGGACGCAAAACUGGAACUUGUAAUGAGUAAAAUACAUUUUCUUAUCAUGUGUCAUAACUUAAAGGAUAAAAUGAGAAUGUUGGUACUUUUAUCUUGAGAGACUUACAGGUUCAUUGGUUUCUGAAAGGAUUAUAUUUUUUUGGUUUCUGUUUCUAAUUGCCCUACAAUUUAGGGCAACUAGAUAUAGUAAUUCAUACUGAAUAUCAUUCUUUUAUUCUAUAUCUUAACUGAAGUUCAAAUUACUUGAAUAAACUCCAUUUCUCCAAGUAUCUUCUCGAAUGAAAACAUGACAAAAACAUUUAAAUGACAGAUAUAUUCUUAUUUAAUGUCUUUGAUUAAACAAUUACAAUAUUAAAAAUCAUAAUAGUAAUUAAUAUAACAAAAAUGAGAAUGAGUGAUAAUAGAUUACCACUAAUAGAGUCAUUGCUGCAGGUUCAAGUUGAAAGAAAGAAAGAAAAAAACGCACCCACGCACGCAUACAAAGUUUUGUAUAAUAAUAAUUUCCCAAUAGUGGUCAGCAUUUUAUACCAAUGUCAUAAUUAUAGAUCUUGUUAAAUGUUGCACCAAGGUGAGAUACAUAACAAAAGUAGAAUUUACAGUACUUAAUGUAAAUUUUGGAAGACAUCUCAUUUUUUCUCUCUCUAAAGGUUUCUACAAUUAAAAUAUUUAUUAGUAUUUGGAUGAAAAUAGCACUAAAGGUGACUAAAUCUAAUAUUAUAUUAUUUGGAGUAUUACAAAUACACAAGGUUCCAUAAUUUUCAGGGAUAUCUGCGUUUAAAGACUGAAGUACAUGCAGUAAGUUUCUAUUGUGCUCAAGAUCAUUUUAUAAAAAGCAUAUGGUACAUUAUAACAACAAUUUACAUUUAACGUUGGUAUGGCAUAGCAGAGAAGCUUUAUCUUUACUACAUCAGUAAAACAAAACACUUCUACUCUUGACAUUUGUUGUAUAAAAGUAAGCCAUGCAGAUUUUUUUUUCUGUCCCUUCUAGUAAUUACUGUAUGACACAUGCUUUAGUUACAGAUAUGAUAGUUUUGUAAAGGGGAACCGCAUUGUUGUGAAUGGCAAUGAAUUUUUAUGAAUAUUUCUAUCAUAUCCUAAAAAAGUAACUUUGUAAUAUGAAACUAUCACUUUUUGGUGGAUUCUGAUAAUAAAGUCCAAAUAUUUC